GCAUCGUUACGAUAUACUUUACCUAAAUGUGCCAAAGUGAAUUAACGUCUGCUAAUUAUCGUGAAACUCGAUGGUGAUAACUGAACGACAGCUACGAGUAGAAAGUGGGGUAAAACUAAAAUGAUAAAAUAUUUUUGAUAAAUUUCGUACCCACCUACUUAUUUUUGAGUGGAAGAUAAGCUAUGUUGGUUGGUGGUUACAAUUGCAAAGUGUUUUUAAAGUACAUUACGUUUUUGUUAGCAAACUAAUUAAUGGUUAAGGAAAACUGCAUUCUUGUAUAAGUGCUUAUUCAGUGUACAAUGGCACUAACCGGAUGGCGCCGAAUACUAAACAAAGUAAUAUUCAUACCGCAGCGGUAUGUGUUUGGUUUGCUGGGGUUGUUUGCGUUAGCCAACUCAUUCACAAUGCGUGUUUGUCUGAGUAUAACAAUUGUUACAAUGGUGAAGAAAUUACCUUCAGCGUCGCAUAUUGUUGGCGAAACCUGCCCUACGGUUGGAAGUACGUCGUCCACUAACUCUUCUGUAAUUUUCGAGGGCAGAGAAAAAUACGACUGGGACGAAAGCACCCAAGGACUUUUGCUCAGCGCAUUUUACUACGGAUACGUGAUAACACAUUUACCUGGAGGUCUCCUUGCUGAAAAGUUCGGUGGAAAAUGGACGCUGGGUCUAAGUUUGUUGUGCACUUCCGUGUCAACAGCUCUGACGCCACUCGCAGUUGGAGUCGGAGGAGCUGUUGGACUUUUUAUCAUGAGGGUUGUUUGCGGCCUUGGAGAGGGGCCAGUGACACCAGCGUUUGUUUUACUAAUGGCCCGCUGGGUGCCGCCGGCGGAGCGGUCUCGCUUCGGCGCAAUGAUAUUCGGGGGCGCGCAAAUAGGCAAUAUCGCUGGCCCGUAUAUUUCGGGGUUGCUCCUAGCGAAUGGCGGUGACUGGGCGAAUGUUUUCUACGUAUUUGGUAGCCUUGGCGUUUUAUGGUUUUUGUUCUUUACGGUUCUCUGCUACAGUACACCUAACUCCCAUCCGUUUAUAUCCGACGAAGAACGUGACUACCUAAACGCUAAUAUAACUGCUUCAGGACUGCACAAGAAACUGGACCCUGUGCCAUUUAAGGCCAUACUCCGUUCACCGCAACUGUGGGUGCUUGUAGUAGCUGCUAUUGGUCAUGACUGGGGAUACUUUACGAUGAUUACAGAUUUACCCAAAUAUUUCUCUGACGUACUCAAAUUUAAUAUUAAGGAUACUGGACUGAUGUCAGCCCUGCCAUACAUUGCUAUGUACAUUUGUUCCUUUAUUUUUGCCGGUUUCUGCGACUUCUGCAUUAGAAGAAAAUGGCAUAGCAUUACGACGGGCAGAAAAAUAUAUACUACUGUAUCAUCAACAAUACCCGCCAUCUUUAUUAUUCUGGCGUCAUACUCCGGCUGCGACCGAGUAAAGGCUGUGGGAUUUUUCAUAGCCUCAAUGGCCUUCAUGGCGGGUUUCUAUAGCAGUGUCAAGAUCAAUGCAAUGGACAUCGCCCCGAACUAUGCGGGGACGUGCUCUGCGUUUGUGAAUGGACUUGCCGCGGUGUCGGGGAUGAUCACGCCUUAUAUGGUUGGACUUUUGACACCUGAUCAAACACUUAAGCAAUGGCGAAAUGCAUUUUGGACAAUCUUCGUAGUAUUAAUAGGCACAAAUAUAGUCUAUUUGAUAUGGGGAUCCGGCGAACAACAGUGGUGGGACGAUGUGGACAAAUAUGGCUACCCUGUAAACUGGAAACACGGGCCACUAAAAAAGAGAUCCGAAAAUGUUGAGAAAAAGGUUGUAUAUCCCAAACACGAUCACUCACCAGUUGUCUUAGACUGAUAAGGUUAAUAAAAUACUUUUUUACUUA